AUGAUUCCCUGCGAUUUCUGCCUAGAGAAGCCUCACUCAGCGGAGAAGAUGUGUCUGACUUGUGAGGCAUCCCUGUGCUGGGCCCACCUGAAGAAACACAAUUCAAAGGCCACCCAGAGGGACCAUGCCUUGGUAGCUCUCAACACUGCUGGGGCCCAGGAGGAGAAGAAAUGUCUAGAGCAUGCAAAGCUGCUGGAGUGCUUCUGUCAAGACGACUUGGUGUGCAUAUGGUGCUCCACCACAGGCUCCCACAAGGGACACAGCAUUGUCACCCUGAAGGAUGAGUAUGACAAGCAGAUGGCAAUUCUCCCUCGGAUUAUGAAAUCAAUGCAGGAAAACAAAACUGCCAUGAACAAGACCCUCUUGCAGCUUCAGAAAAGUGAGAAUCAGAUAAAGAACAAUAAGAAAAUGUUCACAGAUCAGCUGUCAAAGAUCUUCCAAGAGAUCAAGUCUCAGGUAGAUCAAAAAGAGAAGCAAAUCCUAGGCGACAUCCAGUCCAACGAGAAAAAGCAGCUGGCUGACAUUGCUGCGCUGAAAACGCAAGUAGCAGAGAAGAGGGCUAUGGCUCUCCAGGGCCUUCAGGAGCUACAGGCACUGACAGAGCAAACAGAUGCUUGCCUCUUCCUCAAAGAUUUUCAACUGGCCCAAGAGAGGAUUAAGAAACAAAAUUUCAGCAAUGACAGUGUGGAAGUGCUAACAGUGCAUCUGGAUCAGUCAGACAUUCAGGAUGUGAGAAGUCACACAGCACUUUACAUUUCCAACCUUGACACCCUGAUGCAAGUAGUACAUGGUAAAAUCAUUAACCAAACACAGUGGAGCAGGGCAAUUCCAGCUGCUGAGUUCUGUCUUGAUGAUGUGAUUUGUGAAGUCUUCCCAUCACCACCACCACCACUGACUAGGGACAUAUCUGGAGCAAACCCAGGUGCUGACAUUCAGAAAUAAUGGAAAUAAUAAGGAACAAGAUCCCACCCAGGAUCGCUCUCUCUAGAAACGGGAAUAUACUUAAUAGGGAUGCUUUGGAGCUGUUUGAUGGACACUCCGAUCUGUUACCAAACACACUCAGUUCACCAGUUUUUUCUUUCGGAUAAACAGCUGUGCCAGCUAUGCAGCGGUGGUCUAGCUAUUGUUCCAAUAAUGAACUGGCUGCCUGUAAAAAAGUACAUACCAGUCCAAAAUUGAUCAGCAUGGAACUGAUUGUAAAGAAAACCCAGUGGAAUUUCAUGAUGUCCCAGUCCAGAAAAAGCACUCUGUGGGUACCCAUUUAGGUAGUAUAGGCAAAUAAGAUAUGCCACCCUCUAUCUGUUGGCUUUAGAGUUUGAAAAAAAAUCUGAUUGUUCCCUAUUGGUAGUUUUUGUGAGUGAUUUGGAAAAUGCUUGCGCUACUUUGGUUUCCCAAUCCCUGUAUGUGCAAUAAUAAUGGAACUAUAAAAUGUGGAACAAUGUACAUAUAAACAGCUGAUCAAACUCUUUUGUGUCAUGCUAUCCAAACAUUUUAUUUGAAGGGUUCAAAACUCUGUUAUAAUGUGCUAUACAGCUCCCCUUAAAUUCUGUUUUGCAGCCCUCUUUGUAAGCAAUUGUUUGUAUUGAAUAUAGUUGGGUUAAUUUGUUUGACAACAUGAACAGCUAAAAGUGCUGGGUGAUUCUUUUUGCUUUUGUUGUUCAUUUGAAGCCAAUCGAAUAGAAUCCACUGCCUUGCAAACAUGACUCCUGCAUAAUUACGGCAAUCUCUGGUGAUGGAAAUAAAGCUUGGGUGGUGAUUAGCAUAACAUGAAGACUUUUGAAGAAGAUGUUUAUUGCCGAUCUGCUGGAUUCAUAUGUAGUUCUGUGCAGCAUAAAAUAUACCUUGUGGACUCUUUCAUGCUCUUUCUGUGUUGG